ACCAAUGUGGAUCUAUUGCCUGGCUGACAUGAUGGAAGCCACCAACAACCACUGACUCCAUUUUAAACAGUUACGUGAUUUAUUUCUGUAAAACUAAUUUUCCAAGUCAUACAACAAGGGACACCUUGGUUGGAUCUGAAGUUCAUUGAGUUCAGCUCCAUGGUCAUCAUUCCUAUUUAUUUAUGGGACACUUUACUUCUUUCUUCUGCAAAUAUUUCAUUUCUGCCUGAUACGUUUUCUGAGGAGCACGUAGAGAUUCCUGUGAAGUCACUGAAGGCAAGUUCAACCUGAACUCAAGGCACUUCCUUCCCCAGUUGCAGAUUUAAAGGUAUCCUUUCCCUUCUUUCUUUGAGCUGUGACUUUAUCUUCCACCAACCAGCUCUGCUGAAUGCGGUCUGAUAUGUUUCCGUGGAAGUUAUCAUCUGCUCAGUAUGUAUAAUGCAGUCUCUGGAAAUGAGCCUUGUUUGCCCCUUGACUCUGCACUGAGUACAGACUUGUCUAGUUCCUCAUGCAGUCUCUUGUAGUGAAAUUUGCGGAGAGACUUUACAACCACGACUUCGCCGGCCACGAUGGAAAAACUCUACUACCACAAUUCUACAAAAAAAGAAGACUUGGUCUUUGCAUUGAGGAGACCGACGGGAUUGGUCGACCAUGGGAACAUGACUAAAAGCUGCAGAGACAACUUUCAAGAGCAAAUAUGGCCCAUCUUGUUGGUGCAGUUUCUUCUGGCCGUUGUGGGGAACAGCCUUGCUAUCUACCACUUCCUGACUUCCAAACGAAAGUGGAACACUGCCAUCGUCUACUGCUUCAACUUGGCCGUCAGUGAUCUGCUCUAUGCCUUCUCCCUGUUUCCCAUGAUACUUUAUUACUUCCCACCCAAAGACUGGAUCUAUGGCCCAGUUCUCUGCACGUUGGACCGUUUCUUUUUCUUCUGCAACCUUUAUGCUAGCACUUUCUUCAUUGCUUGCAUCAGCAUGAACCGCUACGUUGCUGUCGUCCACCCCUUCUUUGCCCAAGUCCGCACCACGCUCCGCCACGCCAGGAUCCUGAGUGGUUCAGUGUGGUUGUUGGUAGUUGUCAUUUCCUCUCCAGUCCUCCAUUUUUCCACCCUGAAUCGUGUCUCCCAAAACAACAUCAACACGACUCAGUGCUUGGGAAGUGCUUCUGAUGAGCAGCUACCAAGGUAUUGGCCUUACAGCUUGUUCCUCCUGGCCUUCGGCUUCGGGUUGCCAUUUCUCCUGACUGGCAUCUCCUGUGGGGUAAUAAUCUACACCAUUCACAACAAUCGCAACAUCCCAGUGCUGAAAAAGCGCAAAGUCAAGGCACUGGUGUCUUUGGUUGUAGUCCUCUAUCUCAUUUUCUACCUGCCCUUCCAUGUUCUGCAAAAUUUGCACCUCAGCCACCGUAUGCGCCAAAGGAUAGACUGUGGGCUUAUACAUAUGGCAUUCCAGCUCGCCAAGGUCUUGGUCCACUUUCACAUCUGUAUCCAUCCACUGGUCUAUGCUGUCCAGACAAAUGGCAUUCAGAAAUAUUGCUGUAGAGUGUUUUGGUGGUGGACACAUGCAGAGGAGGAAGAGAAAAAUGUGGAACUUCGGUCACGGAUCCCACCCCUCCUCUGGUUUACCAGAACCCGUGUUGAUGGCACUGCUUCCUGUUAGCAUGUCAGAUUGUUGACCGAUAUGAGCUCUUGGACGAUGUGGCAAUAAGGAGAAGUUGUGAUA